GACCGGUUGGGUUAACCGGAGCUUGGUGAAAGUUGCCCUGAAAGUUGCCCUCAGUCGAUCAACCAAUGACUAAAUCCAUUUACUAGUUAUUUACUAUUUGAUACGCGUAUCGAACGAUCGGUGUGAACUAGACCUGUGAUUGGCUCACAGCUCGCUCUCAUUGGUUAGAAGACAAUCGCCAAUCGUCAAUCCCCAAUCCAAUCCGUGUCAACAAUUGCCAGUCUGAUUCGACCUUACAGAGAUAUGAGGAUUGACGUGCACCGAAUUUUGUACACGAGGUGCGAAGGAUUUCUCGCUUGUGAAUGUAUGUCCGCUCAUAUAACUUGCAAUUUCUCUUGCCCAAGGUAAUUGUCGGAUUUCGAACGUGUCGUCACAAUUGUGCUUAUCCGCCGGUCUUUAUCUUAGGCUAAACGUUCCUUUUAAAAUUUGUUUUUGCAUCUUUGAGCGAUACUAAAAGAUGUGGGCGAGCAAUUGCUUACGAAUGACGUGUGUACUCGCGGAAAAUUGUGGUCGCAAAUUGUUGCUCUUGUGAAUUCAACACAUGUAAUCUUAUUAACAAUCCGUGUAACAAUUUCGCAGACAGAUUUUGCACGAUGCGUGUGCAUGAAAGCGGAUGAGGAAUGGUUUCCAGGUAGAAAGUGAACUGCGGCGCACUAAGUAGUACUGCCUUAAAGAAUGGACGGGGCCGAUACUCGUUGGUGCUCCGCGCCAGGCUGUAUGCUGAAUAUAAAAAUAAUGAAACGACAUUUCUUUCGAUUUCCAAAAGAUAGGAAGAGAUGGCUCGAAUGGAUUAAAGCAUGUAAUAGAAUGGACUUGAUGACAACAGGCCCGGAAUAUGCUAAUCGUUAUUAUCGAUUAUGCCAUUUACACUUUCGUGUAGAAAUGCUACGGAAUAUUGAGGGGAGAAUUUAUCUCAGCAAAGAAGCUGUGCCGUCGAUAUUUUUGAAGCCGCUGCUGACAGGAAACAGUACAUCUACGACCUUGUUUCAGCCAAUUUCUUUCGUAACUAUAUUUUUGAAGCCAGAAAGCAGACAUAAAAACUCGUCCUCAGAUUUAUCACAGUCCGAAGUGUCGCAAACGCAUCCCAUGAAACCUGAGGAAAAAGAUACAGCUAUAAUUUCACCAGUGCAAGCACUUUUCCCGAAAGCAUCCAUGAAACUGGCAUACGACGACAGGAACGUGUCAUCAGCUCAGACAACAUUGCUGGACGUAAAAUCAAAUGAUAACAGGAGUGCUUCUACGACGGAAAUACAAUUCGUUAAGGAAAUGUAUGUGGAUACGAAAGCGGCAUCGUCGACAUCGUCGCAAAUAUUCUCGGUGGAAGGAUGCAGCGAUACAGAUAUCAUAGAUUUAACAACCAUGGACUCUUUAGAACCAACAAAGUCGUCGAAAGCAGUAUCGGUUUGUGCAACGCAACAAAAUGGCGACAGAGCACCAAAGAGAAGACGUUGGAAUGUCUCGACACAGACGCCAGAAGCGUGGAUAUACAUCGACUCCUUUCUUCGAGGGAAGAAACGGACGGAGACAUCCGAGACUUGCGAUCUGGUCGCAAAGCGGAGAAAAACGUUCGGCGCGGAAGACGAAGAUUGUCGCGUGAACAUAGAUCAAUUUAAAGCGGCGUGUACAGACUUGCUGCCGCACAGUUCCGCCCUCCUAGUCUCGGCGUGCAUCAACGCUUGCGAGAAGCCUAAGGCUAUGAAGAGUUUUGAAGACAGGCAAUUCGCGCUCGAGCUAUUUUUCAUGGCGUCGGACGCGUACAGAUUUUACCGGCCGUUCCUCUCGCUUCCCACUGUGCGCCAGCUGUGGAGACACAUCCGCAACUGGGACAUGCCGCCUGGCUUGAACGACAACGUGCUCAACGCGUUACGUUUGAAGAUAAAGUCAUUGUCGCCGGCCGAGAGACACUGCUCCCUGUGCGUGAACGAAAUGCAACUGAGGCCACAUCUCUUUUACAAUCUGUCGCGCGACAGAAUCGUCGGUUUUCACGACACCGGCACGGACAAGCGGCGCACGCUGUCGAGGAAGGUCCUGGUAAUAGUGGCAUGUAGUUUGGUUGGCGACUGGGAGCAGCCCGUCGCUUAUUACUUCCACGGUACGUGUCGCGUCGACACCUUGAAGACUCUGAUAUUCCAAGCGAUAACCAGGUUGAAGAGCAUCGGCGCGAACGUGCACGCUUUGACUACCAACACGUCGCCGACGUUUCUGCGACUGUCGCAGCUACUGGGAAUCACCGCGGAGCGUCCGUCGUUCCUGGUGAACGACGAGAGGGUGUUCUACAUCUUCGAUGUUACGCGGCUGAUGAGAGUGACUAGAAACGUGUUCAGGAGUCACGAGCUCCGCUUUUGCGAGAAGCGGGCCUCCUGGACGGACAUCGAGCUCUUUUUCAGACGCGACAGCCAGAUGCGAUUGCCGUUGGCCCCUAAAUUAUCCGUGAGCCAUCUUGAGCCCGAUAAAUGUCAAAAGCUGGAGACCAAGUACGCCGUUCAAGUGUUCAGCGGCAGCAUAGCUGCGGGUCUUAGCGCGCACAUCGCAUCUGGCGAGCUACCGCUGGAAACGAUCGGAACGAUGGAGUUUAUACACAAUUUCGAUCGGCUGUUCGACGUCCUUAACUCCUCCGCGUCGGCCAAGUCGAGCGCCAAGGAUUUCGGACAGGCUUUCACGGGUAGCGUGCACGAGAUGAGCUUCUUGCAGCAGACCCUCGACUUUUUCAAGUCCCUCAAGAUAGUAGACAGGAACGGCGCGUGCGUCAAGUCGAUCAAGUGCUUCGAUCGCUGGCAGAUCACAAUCAAUGCGAUUAUUCAACUGUGGGAUGUGUUGAAGGGGCACCAGCUUCCCUUUCUCUGCACGCGAAGGCUGAAUCAAGAGAGCAUCGAGCGCAUUUUUCGUUCCAUUAGACGGCAAAGCGGAGAUCGCGCGAGACCCACGCCUAUCCUGUUUACUCGCGCGUUCAAGAACCUCGUCAGCAAACACUUCCUUGAGCAUUCGAGCGGGGGCGAUUCCGCUGCGAACGGGCGAAAGAUGCUCAAGCGGAUAACAUCGACGCCAUCCCUAUCGGUGGUCUCACCGACUGACGAGGUUCCACCUGACGUUCAAGCAGCUCUGGGCGUCGCGGCGACGAAUUAUCGCAACAUUGAUUUGCCCGAGAGAUGCGCGUUCAAGCGCGUCUGCGAGUUUCUGCUCAACGAGUGUCUGCAGGCGCACGUUAAUUGCGACGUGUGCGUCGCGUAUGCCGCCAAGGAGGGCGGCUGCUCGUCCAGCAGAGACACCGCCAACUCUUUUAAUCGCUACAUUCGCGGCCUGGAAGAUAUGUUCAUGCGCAACUUCGAGAAACUCUCCACCGAGGAAAAGCUCGGCGCGCAGAUGCUGCAGCUCGCGCAGCAAGUCGAGUACAAGCCGCCCUGUCCGGAUUUCCCGGUCGCUCUUCUGGUCAAACUGUUUUUACGUAUGCGAAUAUAUUUUACGUUGUUACGACAUAACAAGAUCUGCAAAGGCACGGAGCCACGCAGCUCUUUGAACGUGAUGCAAUUAUAAGUUGCUCGUUUUUAUUGCGUUAUUUGCGUUUAGAUUUUACUCUCUGUUGCGUGUUUUUAAUUGCGAUGCUUUUGACAUUGCUUUAUAUUUUAUUAGUUUAAUUAUUAAUAAUUGUCCUAUUGCUGUGCUACGUUUAAUCGAAUAUGUUUUAUUCGCGUAUUAUUGAUUACGUAUUUUCGACAAGUUGAGAUUUAUUUACAUAUACCCGUUCAGUUCCGUCGGUAUCAGUGAUGAUAAAUAUUGUUUUCUGAGAUGAAACCUUUUUCUUCGCCAGUGAGUAAUAAUAAACAAAUUUCCUUUCUUCGACUAACUGGCAACUUUUAUUAGUAACAAGCACUACGUUCCGACUGUGAUUCCAGUCCUUCUCAAGUGCAUUAAAUUAAGCGCGCUUGCAACAUACAGAAGCUCUCACAUUGUGCCAACAAUGAGUCAAUUUUCAUAAAUGUUCAGCGCCUCUGUUAAAUUGGAGACAUAAAAGUAUUGUCAUCUUAUAUGGAGAAACUAAAUUCUUAACAUCAAGAAACACGUCUGUAGCAUGUAGCAGUCAACCUACAAAUAAAAUUGUAAGAUACAAUAAGGUUGUAAGCGCGCACUUAAUUUAAUGCACUUGAGAAGGACUGGAAUCACAGUCGAAACGUAGUGCUAAUAAAAGUUGCCAGUUGGUCGAAGAAAGGAAAUUUGUUUAUUAUAAAUAUUGUUUUCUUGUCUUAUAAUGGACAUGUUUGGACCGUUCAAUCUUAUUUGCUUUUUUCAUAUAAAGUUAUAAGAAUUGUUGCCAAUUCGUCAUCCGUAAAUUUGAGCUACCUUGAAAAUCAUUGAAUCCAAACGGAUUCAAUGGAUAGGUGGGAUUAACCGUCACUGAUAUAUCACGAACAUCACCGAGACGACACUCGUACGUCACGAAUAUGUGUAAAUGGACCUUUACUUGAAGUACCUAUAAUUAGUACGAAAUACAAUUUUAUAAUUUGUUAAUGUCGUUCGCUCUGCGUUUCUUUCUUUGCGAGUAAAGAUUCUCCGAUGUAAAGAUUAUAUGCGUCUUUAUUAAAUAUUGAGAUUUUAAUUUAAGUAGGAUUAGCUUCUGGCUCAAUCAAGGGUUUUCGAUAAACCCUUCGCAAUGUUUAGGGAACUGCAUAAGUCAUAUGCUUUGCUACAAGGAAGAAAGUGAUUUCGUACUUCUUCCGUUUUGUUUUCUUUUGUUACGAGGCCAAUUAUUCUUGUAACUGUUCCCUCGCUAUCCUUCGCUACGAGAGCGAGAAAGCGGGGAUGACGUGUAGCUCUGUGCUAACACGAGCGAUUAGUAAUAAGUGGUAGGGUCCUCGGUUCAAUCUCGGCUCUCGUCCUGUAUAUUUUUCCGUUGAGGGAAAUUUCAGAAAGUUCGGCGCUUGAAAGAGUUUAAGCGUCUAGUGUUGGAGUCAAUAUUUAAUAAAAAUUAAACACACGAAUUUCAAGGAAUUUUUAGAAAUAUCGCGCUGAUAUAAUAGUUGAAAGGCGUUCCCAUAAAGGGUAGCCCUGGUAGCACAGUGCAUUGGCUAAACAUUGGCCCAAUGUUGGUUAUACUAGAAAUGCCAUUGGCCGAUGUUGUUCAGCGUAAAGCUAAUAUUGAACAUGGAACAAAUGUAAAUAUUACACGAUAAUAAUUAUAUAAUAUUAGAUUCAUAUUGGGA